AAUUUCUUGGUAACAUAUAUGAAAAUUUAAUUUAAAUUUUGUUCUUUGAAUCGUUUUAUAUUCAAAUUAAUAUAAUUGAGCUUAACAAUUUGAUGCAAUAGGAACUUUGUGAACCCUCAAAAAGAGAAUUUUGUAAACGCCGUAGCAAUUAAGUGCGAAAAAAAUAUAGAUAAUUGCGCAUGAGAACGAGAACGCAUGAGCAAGGUACCUUUUUUAUAUGCGUUUGCACGUGUCGUGGUUCUUUCGCGGUCUUUGGUAGUAAAAUAAGCCCCUCCCCUAAUUCUCCCGGAGGGGGAAAAAGGUGGUGAGAACAGCUGAAAAAGGUAAACAAGAGUCUGUGUGAAGAUGUUUGGUGAGUUGUGCCGACUUUGCGAGCGUCCGGCGGCCGACGGCGGCCACCGAGCGGCCGAAUUGGACAAGGACAAGUUGGCCGAGUGGUGUUUGAAUUUCUUGGGCACGACUUUGGCCGGCCAAAUCGACGACCAAGACCUCUUCUGCUACUUCUGCGUCUGGGACGCCAGGUUUUACCACAGCAAGUCCAUUAUUAAUGCAUUAAAUUAUGAAGAGAGCGAUAAACAAGACUUUUGCUGGUGGCCAGAAAAAGACGCUGACAAAAAUGCGCAGGACCUGUACAAAAGCUAUGCCGCUGGGAAUGUGCGGCAGUGUUGGGUUUCUCUGGAAAAAUUGCCAAGUGAGGAAAAUGCAAGUGCCGAUGCUGGAGAAAACGCUAAAUUAAGGCUAGGCAAAAAUUGCUGCUAUUGUGGAAAAAACAAUAUUCCUGAUUGGAAUUGGGCUAAACAUAUGCAGAAGAAUCAUGCAGAUGUAGCAAUUAGAUGCAAUUAUCUUAAUAAUUGCAGCAAAUACUUUAAAACUGUCGAGGAGAGAGACGCUCAUGUAAACGAAGUUCAUUUGAAGCCGAAGGUAGAAAUUCUUUCCGACUGCAUUUAUUGUCCUAUGAAAGGUUUUAAAAGGAAGCGUCUAUGUAAACAUGUUAAAGCAAAGCAUCGUGAUGUGUCAAUUAGGUGCAGUUAUCAAAAAUGUGCCUUGUAUUUUAAAACUCUGGCUGAGAUGGACUUGCAUUUUGAGGCAAAACACAAUAGUAGGGAGAAAAAGAAAAAUUUUAAAUGCUCAAUCUGCGAUUAUAAAGCCAUUGAUAGGAGAUCAAUUGAAAAUCAUGAGGCAAAGAAUCAUGAAGUGUUAAAAACUAUCAAAUGUCUGAUGUGUCCCAAAAUUUUCGCAAGUAAAAUUGAUUUGCGAACUCACUUGAAUCACACUCACAACUUUAGAAAAUGCCCUGCUUGCAAUCUAAGAAUAAAAAUUUCCAAUUACUUCACACAUUUUACAAAACGCUAUUGCAGAAAAUGCAAAGCUAGUUUUGAUUGUUUGGAAUUGCUCAGAAAGCAUGAGAAAAAUUGCAAACCUGAAUUUAAAUGUGAGCUCUGCUUGAAAAGUUUUAUAAACAAAUCUCAGUUGAAAUACCACAUGAACAGGAAGCAUUUCAUUCAGAAUGUACGGUUUUCAAAAUCCAUUAAAAGUUUAAAUUUUCGCAAAUCGAAUAAAAUCAAAUUAAAGUGUGCUCACUGCAGCAAGGAACUUUCUGAAAAACGAUUCAUUGAGAGGCACUUGGCACAAGUCCACAAUCUGAUUGAGAGAAAACAUUGCUGCGUUCAAUGCUCGGCUAAAUUUUAUGUUACCACUGAACUGAAAUACCACAUUCGCAAGGUGCACUUAAAUGAGAAAGCAAAAUGUGAAAUUUGCAACAAAGAAAUUGCCUUUAAAUCUUUAAGAAAUCACAUGAUUACCAUUCAUUGUGUGAACAUGUAACUAAUGUAAAUGGAGAGCUAGAAAUGUUUUUCUAUUAAAAAUAAGAAUUAUAGCAUAUCCUCGUAUGUGUUUUGUUUUGAGGUUUAUACUUCUUAAUUUUUUUAUUUACUUCAAAUAUAUUUUGUGUUAUUCAAGAUUGCAAAAUAUAUUUUGCAAAUUGUUUAAGAUUUAACUUAUGCGAACUUUUGAAAGCAAAUGUAAAUUUUAAUUGUGCAUUAAAACUAUUUUUCCCUAAUGACGCAUUUAAUUUG